CUGGAACAUAUAUCAGUAUUUGCAUGCUCCUAAGAGGAUCACUUAUUACGUACCCACAAAGGCGACUAGUUAAGGAAGACUAAAACCCAUUGCCUGACAAUGUCUGGGCAAUAUUAUCCUCCGCCUCCUGGUGCGGGUGGACCACCAGCACCACAACAGAAUUAUCCACCACCUCCGACAUCUCCACCUGCGAACCAGUCCAAAUUCUUUCCUCCCCCGCCAGGAAAUGCCGGCUACCCUCCACCACAUGCUCAGAGUUAUCCCACACCACCGCAACAACAAUAUCCAGCGCCUCCUCAGCAGAACUAUCCCGCGCCGCCGCACCAAAACAUAUCUCCUCCUCCCCACGUCGGAACCCCUACAUACCAGCCUCCACCUCAGCAAAUCGCGCAGCAUUCCCCUCUUCCCCUUCGAAACGAAGGCGCCCUCACACCACCUGGCGUAGGCGCGCCAUCAUACGGGGAUGUAGUCCCUAAUGCCCAAGACGGUUAUCCCAACGAGAAGGCCCAGAGUAUCUUGGGGACAGGGCUUGCCCACUCGCGAAAUACAUCAAACACCGGUGCUGGCCAGUUUCAAGGAGCCGCAGCCACCACCUUGGAUGACGUAGGGACCUUCAAUGGCGGGUCAUACCGAAUCAGCCACCGAGACUGUAACACCAUCAUCACCAUCCAAUUGGCAAUGGGGUGUCCGAUAAAUGCGAAGCCGGGAGUGUUGAUCGCCAUGAGCCCAACGAUCACCCUAAAGGGAGAGUAUAAGUUCAGCAUGAAGAAGCUAAUGGCGAGUGGCGGCGAGUUUGGUCACUCGACCUUCAUCGGCCCCGGUGAACUCCUUCUCGCCCCUGGUAUGCUCGGCGAUAUGACUACUAUUCGUCUCGGCGGUGACGAGUCCUGGAGUGUCGGAAAGGACGCCUACGUUGCUAGCACGCAGGGCGUCAUUCGCGACUACAAGCGCCAGGGGCUUGGCAAGGCCAUGUUCAGUGGUGAGGGUUUAUGGGUUCAUAAGAUAAGCGGCGUUGGCUUGCUCUGGAUCACAAGUUUCGGCGCCAUUAUCCGUAAGAACCUCAACGACGGCGAGAAGUACAUUGUUGAUAACGGGCACUUGGUCGCCUGGAACGUCAAAUAUGUCAUGGAGCGCGUUGCAAGUGGUGGAAUCAUAGGAGGGUUUGCCAGUGGAGAAGGUCUUGUUUGCAAGUUUACGGGACCUGGUACGGUGUUUAUUCAAACCAGAAACCCGAGAGCUUUCAGCGCUUAUAUGACGGGUAACGCCGCGCCACCGUAAAGCACGGAAGUCUACGGCGAGAUGAUGUCUCAGCUUUGUAAGGGUUCAUCACAUGGAGCUUUUGGGAAAUGUCUUUUUUGGUUAUAUCUACGGCAAGCUACUAAGUUAGGUAGUUCCCGAUGUCUUUUUGAUUGGAUGUGCACAUUCUGUUUGUUUCCUGGCCAAG